GACUCUUUGGUUCAUUGGCAAGCAGUGCCAACCGGUGACCAUGUCGAAUUUCAGUGCCUGCGCAGUGUGCGGCGAUCAGAGCUCCGGGAAACACUACGGCGUGUCCUGCUGCGAUGGGUGCUCCUGCUUUUUCAAGCGGAGCGUGCGGCGAGGCAGCAGCUACGCCUGCAUCGCUCUGGCCGGGAACUGUGUGGUGGACAAGGCGCGGCGGAACUGGUGCCCCUCCUGCCGCUUCCAGCGAUGCCUGGCCGUCGGAAUGAACGCCGCCGCUGUCCAGGAGGAGCGCGGUCCACGCAACCAGCAGGUGGCUCUCUACCGCAGUGGCCGGAGACAUGCUCCGCCAUCUCAGGCGCCACCAUCCCCGACGCCCCACUCCCAGGCGCUGCACUUCCAGAUCCUUGCCCAGAUCCUCGUCACGUGCCUGCGCCAGGCGAAGGCCAACGAGCAGUUCGCUCUGCUGGAUCGCUGCCAGCAGGAUGCCAUCCUGCAGGUGGUGUGGAGCGAGAUCUUCGUGCUCCGAGCGUCCCACUGGUCGCUGGACAUCAGCGCCAUGAUCGACGGCUGCGGCGAUGAGCAGCUCAAACGGCUCAUCUGCGAGGCACACCAGCUGAGGGCCGACGUCCUGGAACUCAACUUUUUGGAGUCCCUAAUCCUGUGCAGAAAAGAAUUGGCCAUCAGUGCGGAGUAUGCCGUUAUCCUGGGAAGCCAUUCCAAUGCCGCCCUGAUCUCCUUAGCCCGCUACACCCUGCAGCAAUCCAACUACCUGCGGUUCGGACAACUCCUCCUUGGGCUGAGGCAGCUGUGCCUAAGGCGCUUCGACUGCGCGCUUUCUUGUAUGUUUCGCAGCGUGGUCAGGGACAUCUUGAAAACACUUUAGGCUCAAGUCUAUCUUCAUAUAUCUUCAAUAUUAAAGAAAAACCUACCUAGAGGUUACUGAACAAUGGCUGUUUUUCUGUUCGCCAAUUGAUA